CCAUUAAGACCUCAAAUAAGACUUCAUAACCUAACAACAUAUCCAACUCAUUUCCCACUCAAAAUCUGUGACUAUGGAGAACACGUGCGGCUAGGGUUUUCAAAACUAAGAAAUUUUAAAGCUUAUUCAUCAUGGUUAAUUUGGAGUUAAUAUUCAACUAUGGUGGGGAUUGGACUUAUGAGCCAAAAGUCAAGUAUGAGAAGAAGUUCCAUAACAUUUGGGAAGCUUGGGCUGUAGUUGACAAAGAGACUAAGAAAACAUGGGAUUGGUUCUUGAGAUUGCUGAAGAUGUCACUUGAACUAAACAUGGGAGAGGGAUACACUAUCAUUUCUGAUAUGCAAAAGCCUGUUAAGGGAAAAAAGCAACAGAAAAGGAAGAAGGUAGUUGUUGAUUAUGAAGAUAUUGAUGUGGACACACCAGUGGACAUACAACUAUCUGGACCAAAGCCAACUCAAGAAUCUAGCAAUCCAGCAACUCAGACAUUUGUCUUCAUGCCUAUACCAACAGCGAGUGCACAUCAGCCCAGCAGCAGUGAAUGUCCAGACUUUGAGUUUCCAGAAUUUGCAAAUGAAGAGGAGCCUAACUUGAGGCCUAAAGUUGUUUCAGAGGCAAGGACUAGGCUGCAGAAGAGAAAAGAGGCACAAAUGGUCACUGGGACAAGAACUAUGAACUUAAGGGGUGAUGCAACUGGUGUGAGUGAGCCAACAAAUUUAUCAUACUCACCAAGGGGACUCAGAAUGGGGGGGGGGGGGGUAUAAAGCUAUUACGGGCCACCAUCUCCUGUUGCAAGCAGCCAAAAAAUCUGGAAAAAUAGAGUCAAGGAAGCCCUACUGAAGUGUUUUUAUGUGUAGUAUGUUUUUGGAGUAAUGGUAUUGGACUUGUAUGUCCAAACUAAACAAAUUACUUGCUGAUGUAAUUAAUGGCUUAUGCCAAUAUAUUUGGCAGCAACUCUUUAGUGUUUUGGUAUGUUUGAAAGGAUGCCAUAGUAUAACUUAGGUGGUGAUUUGUUUUGUGGGUCAUAAUAUGGCAUCCGUUUGUUAUAUUUGAACUUGUAUGUUGACACUUAUUCAGCUAUGUGAAGUUAUG